CUUUCUCCUGGGACCGAAGGAGGGAACAGGAAGGAGAAGGAAGAGGCGGGGCUGCGACCGUGCCCGGAGUGCUGCCGGGCUGCCGGGUCCCUGCUCUGGGUACUUCUCUGCUUUCGGGCGUCUCGUCUAGAAGCUGCAGCCUGACCUGUCUCAGCUCUACACAGAAGGGCCGCUGGGGCCUGACAGAAAAAGGUCCACGCGCCCGAUGGCCGGCCCGGGGUGGACGCUGCUGCUACUGCUGCUGCUGCUGCUGCUGCUGGGGUCCAUGGCAGGGCAUGGGCCGCAGAAGAAGCAGUUGAACCUGUCCCAUAAGGGCAUCGGGGAGCCAUGCGGGAGCCACGAGGAGUGCCAGAGCAACUGCUGUACCAUCAACAGCCUGGACCCACACACGUUCUGCACCCCUAAGACCAUCUUCCUGCAGUGCCUUCCCUGGAGGAAGCCCAAUGGGUAUAGAUGCUCGCACGACUCAGAGUGCCAGAGCAACUGCUGCGUCCGCAACAACAGCAGCCCGCAGGAGUUGUGCACGCCCCAAACCGUCUUCCUGCAGUGUGUGCCCUGGCGCAAGCCCAACGGCGACUUCUGCAGCAGCCAUCAGGAGUGUAACAGCCAGUGCUGCAUCCAGCUGAGGGAGUACAGCCCCUUCCGCUGCAUGCCCCGUACCGGGAUCCUGGCCCAGUGCCUGCCCCUGGUGAGUCCUGGGUGCGGGCUCAGCCUCCAGACCCUCCCUUGGCCGCAACAGGGAAGUCACACAGAAACCCAGGAACUGGGCCAGGACCGCGGCUGUGAGAGGUGGGCUCUGAACCCACGGGCGGGCAGAGCACCCGGGCACCCCCGCUGGGAGAGGCCGGGGCUUCACCGCCCAUCUCAUAAAGUGGGGGCCGCAGAGAAGGCUCCUGGGCUGGCACUGAGCCCACCAGGCCCCGCAGGGCACGGGUGCCCUGUCAGAGACCGUCAGAGCCUGUGGGGCCGCGGGGAGGGGGACCCAGGACCAUCUCCCCUGGCAGCUGGGGUUGGACGUCUUCAGGCUAGAGAGGGAACAGCCUCACCAGCCCUAGAGGAGGAGGAUCCUGGCUUCUCCCCUCCCUCCCCCGACCUCUGCUGUGGCUUUUCCUGACGGGAAAUCCAUGGGAUAAGCCGCGCGGUGCAGGCUCCGACUCUGCUGAGCCCUGGGGUCGGGGGCAGGGGAGGGGGCCAGGUCGCUAGCGGCGCAAACGCUGUGGGGGCGCAAGUGUGUGUCUGCUGGAGCCCAGAGCUCCCAUCGGGGGUGAAAGGGUCCCGGCACCCAGAGGUGGAGUUUGUUCACAGCCCUCGGGUACCACCAGGCCCCCUCGUGGGCGCUGGGAGCAGCUCCGGGCGCCUGGCGCUGCUCGUGGGCAUCCCUCUGGGGAGCUGAGCGUGGGCGUCGGCCUCCGGGUGCUGUCCCGACCCCCACGAGGCCGGUGCCGGGAGAUGCUGUGGCCCCGGGUUCACGUCCUCCUUCUGCGGCCGCUUCGAGGCCCGUCCCCUGCGCGUUUCCUCAGCUCCGGGCCCGUCCCCCGCGCGUUUCCUCAGCUCCGGGCCCGUCUCCCACCGCCCGUUUC